CGCAUUUCUCAACCGCGACUCCCGAGCACACAUCCAUGGUGUGACUGAGUGUGGGAGCACCAAAAUCCUCAAAAGUUCCUCAAUCGGCGAUUCCAAUGGCUUCAAUCUCCGGCAUUUACUCUGCUUCUCCGACGAUCAAGCGCCAGCUGAAACCGGCGAGUUCGCUGCGGAAUGACUCCGUUUCGGUUUCGGCAGCGUUUCCCGGCCGGGUCAAAUCGGCCGAUCGCGGCUUUGCUCUGUCGGUGGCUCGGGAGGUCUCGGCGGAGUUAGCGAACACCACCGAUGGGGCUCCGAGUAAGAAGAAGGGGCUGGUGAAGGACCCACACGCGCUGUGGCGGAGGUACGUUGACUGGCUGUACCAGCACAAGGAGCUCGGGUUGUUUCUGGAUGUGAGUCGGGUCGGGUUCACGGACGAGUUCGUUUCCGAAAUGGAGCCCCGGUUCCAGGCGGCGUUCAAGGCCAUGGAGGAGCUGGAGAAAGGCGCGAUUGCUAAUCCCGAUGAGGGCCGCAUGGUCGGCCAUUACUGGCUUCGAAACCCAAAGCUCGCCCCCACCUCGUUCCUCAGGUUGCAGAUUGAGAACACCCUCGAGGCACUUCUGAAGUUCUCGAACGACGUCGUCAGCGGUAAGAUUAAGCCGCCAUCUUCGCCGGAAGGUCGGUUUACUCAGGUACUAUCAGUUGGAAUUGGAGGCUCAGCACUUGGACCACAGUUCGUUGCUGAGGCAUUAGCUCCGGAUAACCCUCCUCUUAAGAUAAGAUUUAUUGACAAUACCGAUCCAGCAGGAAUUGAUCAUCAGAUUGCACAGCUUGGGCCCGAGCUGGCUUCAACACUUGUCAUUGUGAUUUCAAAGAGUGGAGGUACUCCUGAAACUAGAAAUGGGUUACUGGAAGUACAGAAGGCCUUCCGUGAGGCUGGCCUGAACUUUGCAAAACAGGGUGUUGCUAUAACUCAAGAAAAUUCAUUAUUGGACAACACUGCCAGAAUUGAGGGAUGGUUAGCUAGACUCCCCAUGUUUGACUGGGUUGGUGGCAGAACAUCUGAAAUGUCUGCAGUUGGUCUUCUUCCGGCAGCACUGCAGGGGAUUGAUAUUAAAGAAAUGCUCGCUGGUGGACACUUGAUGGAUGAGGCAAACCGAACCACUGUGCUUAGGAAUAAUCCGGCUGCGUUGCUUGCUUUAUGCUGGUAUUGGGCUUCUGAUGGGGUGGGAUCAAAGGAUAUGGUUGUUCUUCCUUACAAGGAUAGCCUAUUAUUAUUUAGUCGGUAUUUACAACAGCUGGUCAUGGAAUCUAUUGGGAAGGAAUUUGACCUUGAUGGAAAUCGGGUGAAUCAAGGACUUACUGUCUAUGGAAAUAAAGGGAGCACAGAUCAGCAUGCCUACAUUCAACAACUAAGAGACGGCGUGCACAAUUUCUUUGUGACAUUCAUUGAAGUACUACGUGAUAGGCCACCAGGUCAUGAUUGGGAGCUUGAACCCGGCGUCACAUGUGGUGACUACCUGUUCGGAAUGCUGCAGGGAACAAGGUCAGCUCUUUAUUCAAACGACCGGGAGUCAAUUACGGUUACAGUGGAAGAAGUGACACCAAGAUCUGUUGGCGCUCUCAUAGCACUUUAUGAGAGAGCGGUCGGGAUAUAUGCUUCACUUGUCAACAUUAACGCUUACCAUCAACCUGGUGUUGAAGCUGGGAAAAAGGCAGCUGGAGAAGUAUUAGCCCUUCAGAAGCGGGUUUUAGCAGUGCUCAAUGAGGCCAGCUGCAAGGAUCCUGUCGAACCAUUGACGCUUGAAGAAGUAGCUGACCGGUGCCACGCUACUGAAGAUAUCGAAAUGAUCUACAAGAUCGUCGCUCACGUGGCUGCCAAUGACAGAGCAAUUAUCGCUGAAGGCGACUGCGGUUCGCCGCGAAGCAUCAAAGUUUUCCUCGGGGAGUGUAAUGUCGAUGCGUUGUACGGUUAAGUUGUGUGCUUUCCUGUAUUAUGCAUGUAUUGGAAAUUACACAUCCGGAAAACUUCAUCUUCUUCCCUUUGUAUUUUGUCUUGUAUUUUUUUUUUUUUUUUUUUUUUUUUUUUUUUGUUUUGAGAAGAAACUAUAACAAUUUAUUUGGAAUCGCAAAUCUGGUCGAGUUAACCCGGAAAUAAAAUUCCAUUUACGGCUUGUCGUUUUGAGCGUGUCACAAACGAUGACGAUGUAAUAUGGUGGUUUAUUUCAGAAUAUUAUACUUUAAAUCA